AAUAACCACAAAAAUUUCAUCUCCAUUUUGAUUCCCAUAAGUUAUACACACAUCUUUAGCUCUAAGAAUGGAAAUUCAAAAGGAGUUUGAUUUGAUGGCAGUCUCAACCAAAGGUGAUGACACACCAUUGAUAUUGAGGAAGAAUUUGUGUCUCAAUGUGGUGGAACCUAAUAUUAAAAAUGAAAUAUCUUCACAAAAAUUGGACAUAAUUUUGACUCAAUUUAUGGAGAUACUGUCCAAGCGGAAAAAGUAUCAUAUUGGUUAUCCAAUCAACAUGUGUUACGAACAUCAAGCUAUUUUAGCAUCACUUGUGCAAUUUUCGUUGAACAAUUGUGGAGAUCCCUUCACUCAAAGCCCUACAGAUUUUCAUUCAAAAGAUUUUGAAGUGGCUGUUUUAGAUUGGUUUGCACAACUCUGGGAAAUAGAGAAAGAUGAAUAUUGGGGAUACAUUACUAGUGGUGGCACUGAGGCCAAUCUCCAUGGCCUUUUGGUUGGAAGAGAGCUACUUCCAAGUGGGAUAUUAUAUGCAUCAAAAGAUUCACAUUACUCUAUUUUUAAAGCAGCAACAAGAUUGUAUCGAAUGGAGCUACAAACUAUCAACACUUUAGUUAAUGGGGAAAUUGAUUAUGAAGAUUUACAAUCAAAGUUACUUGUCAACAAGAACAAACCAGCUAUCAUCAAUAUCAAUAUUGGAACAACCUUCAAAGGAGCUAUUGAUGACCUUGAUUUCGUCAUACAAACACUUGAAAAUUGUGGAUAUUCCAGUGAUAGAUAUUACAUCCAUUGCGAUGCAGCCUUGAGUGGCUUAAUUCUCCCCUUUAUCAAACAUGCAAAAAAAAUUACCUUCAAGAAACCAAUUGGAAGUAUUUCAAUUUCAGGGCACAAAUUCUUGGGAUGUCCAAUGCCUUGUGGCAUUCAGAUAACAAGGAAAAGUUAUGUUAGCACCCUCUCAAAAAUUGAGUAUAUUGCCUCAAUAGACACAACAAUUUGUGGUAGUCGAAAUGGAUUGACACCAAUAUUCUUAUGGUACUGUUUAAACAUGAAAGGACAUGCCGGAUUGCAACAAGAUUCCAUAACAUGCAUUGAGAACGCUCGAUAUUUGAAAGAUAAACUUGUUAAAGCAGGAAUUGGUGCUAUGCUCAAUGAAUUUAGCAUUAUCGUUGUUUUUGAACGACCUUGUGAUCAUAAAUUCAUUCUCCGUUGGCAACUGUGUUACUUAAGUGGCUUGGCACAUGUUGUGGUUAUGCCAGGUAUCACAAGAGAAACGAUAGAUAGUUUCUUCAAUGAACUAAUGCAAGAGAGGAAGAGGUGGUUUCAGGAUGGAAAAACUCGGCCUCCUUGUCUAGCAGAUGAGUUUGGCUCUCAAAAUUGUAUGUGCUCCAAUAACAAGAUGCAUAACUAAACUCCUUGGA